GCGGUAAACGCGCAGCAGCCUGCGCUCUGCUCGCGGUGACGCGCUGUGACUUCACUCGGAGCUGGAGGAGGAGGACGCCGCCGCUCCGCUGCUCUCUCACCACCUCGUCUCCUUCUCUCUGCGGGCGUCAGGCUGCACACACCCGGCGGGAUGGAGCCAGCGGGCGCGUACGGCGCCGGGAAGGCCGGGAGCGUCGCCUUCGAUCCGGUCGCUUUCUUCACGCAUCCCCGGACCGUCCUCAGACUGAUGUCGUGGGUUUUCUCCAUUGUGGUGUUCAGCUGCAUCGUGAACGAGGGCUACAUCAACAUCGGCAGCGAGCGUUUGCUCUGCGUCUUCAACAACAACGCCGACGCCUGUAACUAUGGUGUCACUGUGGGCGUGGCCUGUUUCCUGGGCAGCAUCUGUUUCCUGAUCCUGGACGUCUACUUUCCCUCCAUCAGCAACAUCCGGGACAGAAGACGUGCCGUCCUGCUGGACCUCGUCUUCUCCGGCAUUGCCAGCUUCCUGUGGUUCGUUGGCUUCUGUUUUCUGGCCAAUCAGUGGCAGGCGACCUCUCCAGAUGAGCUGCCAUUGGCCCAGGGCUCCGACGCCGCCAGAGCCACCAUUGCUUUCUGCUUCUUCUCCAUCCUCUCUUGGGGUUAUCAGUGUCUUCUGGCUAUGAACACAUGUAAGAGCCUUUCCUUCAUGGAGGACAAGCAGUGGCUGCUGCCUAAGACCCUUCCUUCUGUCUCUUUAUUCUAACAUAAGAUUGUUUUAAUCCUGUGGUAAAGUACUCUGAUAUUCUUCAUAAGAGAAUUCAUAGCAUGAGUCAAAGAACAAAAUCAAUGUUCUUUUAACUUUGGAAACUUUUUGGGGAAGUCUAGUGGGUUUAAGGAGUUCAACUCAGCCUGUGAAAACAUGUUUAAUGUCCUCUUGCCUUCUAAAGUCUGAGAAAAUCUUCUGAGUGGUUUCACAACUGUUGAUCGAUUCUAUGCUUGGAGACUUUACUGUUUUUUGAUCAAAAAUAAAUGUGUUACAAAAAGGGAAUGGAGCUUGAAAGAUGAGGGGUUUACCAGGCAAAAUUGCUGUUUAGUCUCAGUACGGGAAAUUCAGGAUCCAGACUUUGUGAGUUUGACACAAUAGCUACUCAGGGUCAGGAUGGACUGACCUUUGCUCCUGAGUCCAACAUGUGAAAGUACAGAACUGACUCAGUUGACUUUUCUUUUAACCACAAAAGUUUAUUCAGUCCUUCUUUCCUGUUUGUGUAACUGCACUAAAACUGCACGUGAGCUUUUCCACUGCAGGAACUUAAGAAGACAGGACAUACUGUUCUGUAUCUACAUUGCAGAUGAGUUUCUAGAACUCAAUUUCUGCAGGGCUCAGGGGGAAGGGGUAUCUUAUUAACCUUUGAUUAACAAGUAAAUAAAUCGAAUUGACGCAUAACAAUGUCAAGCGACUUCAUUUUCCCUGUGCUGCAGCGUGGCGUUCCUUCCAGCUGACGCUAUUAAGAUAGUCACUCAACAAAUCAGAAAAUAAUGUCACCUCUGCUGCAUCGCUGAGCCGGUGUCAAAUAUUACAUGAGGUUUAUACCCUGCUGCAUGUUUACGCUAUGACUGGGCUCUCUGGCCAACAAGUUUCAAAUCUCAUCAAGGGUUCAAACACAGAUUUAUAAGUGACCACAAGCUAAUAAGAUCACAGGCUUAUCAAUAAAUAAAAUAGUCUCUAUCUUAUAAAAGCCAAUAUUUUGUAUAUAAAAUACUUAUCUGAAAAAUAAAUUCAACUGCAAGAUAAAUUGAGUGAGGAGGAUAAAGGUACAUUUGCUAACAGAAUGUAGCAGAGUUUAUAGGUAUAAAGGGGCAUGAAAUGUAGAAGUUCCUUAAAAUUGUACUUGAAUACAGUAGAGAGAUGAUAUUUGUCGGGAUGGGUUCGGUCACGCUGGCUGGGCUCAGUCAUUUUUUCUGUAAUCUGUGAAAAUGUCAGACUUGGGUUUGAGAGUUGGGCUUAGGUAGAUUUUUCUUGGUCGGGUUGGACAGAAAAUGGCGUCCCUCACCAUGUGUUUACCUGCCAAACUAAGAUGGUGAACGUCAGACACAUCAUGUUUGCAUUUUUCAAAAGUGGUGCAACACUAAUCUGAUAUUUGCUUUGUAAAUAAAUCAGUGUGUAACUAACAGCCUCUGCUAACGCGUGUGUUUGUGUUA